UCAAUAUGUGAAAAACAUUCAAUGAAGAGGUUACAAACAAUAUUCUUUAUGGAAUAUUCGAUUCAAACGAACCCUAAACUACAUAAUAAUGUCUGAAAAGCACAGAAACCUUCCUCCGUGGAUGGUGAAAUCUAACGUUCAAAGCAGUAAACACAAAGAAGCGGUGAAGAAGAAAACGCGUUGUGAAAACACAAAAUGGACAUCGAAAAAGCGGCUCGAAAGUGUCGUCACGUAUUGGAUGAACGAGCGGGAGCUCGUGGAAACAGUACUCAGCUUUUUGAAGGAUGAUGAGCAAUGUGCUAAAGAUGCAACGCAAGCCCCAGAGGAGGUAAGGAUAAUUCCGGAGACAGAUGAAGAAGACAUGUCCGACUUAGAUGUGCAAGACAGGACAUAUGUUUCAAACAUUGCACAGCUAGAGACUGUGCCAUAUGGAAACUGCAUGGAAGAAGGUACCAGCACAAAACCAGACUGCCAUCUGAAACCACCUUCUGGCGGUUCAGGAGCUUCUGAGAAGCUUGGUGUGGAUGAUGAGGCUCUCAAGCUUGUUCGAGAGAUUUUUUUCUCAUAAUUUCAGUUUUACAGUGCUCAGAAUUUAGUUUUAGUUUUAGUCACCCUCAUGUUGUUGCAAACGUUCCUAUUUAUUUUUUCUUCUGUGGAGCACAAAAGGAGAUGUUUUGAAGAAUGUCCCGAUCGCUCUUUUCCAUGCAGUUACAGCGAAUGCCAGGAAACUGCAGUUUCAACCUUCAAAACAGACUAAAAAGUGCCUUUAAUCCUUUUUAAAGCUUGAAUUGUAAUGAACUAGAAACUGUUAUUGUCUGGAAAAUGAAUUUUAUUAAAAAUUUCUCUUUUGUGCUCCUCAGAACAAAAAGGUAAUUUAGGUUUGGAACGA